UCGGGCAUCCGAAUCAUCCAAUCAUAUCGCUUCUUUACGCAGAGGGCGGGUACUUCCGGGUUGCAGUAUAAACCCGAGGCCUGCGCGUGUGCUUGUAACAGCUUUCCUCCUUCUGCUCCGGGUUUAUUCGCUGUAAAGCAUGGCCGAGAAUGACGCCGAUAACGAGCUGUUGGACUACGAGGAGGACGAGGAGCCUCAGGGAGCACCGGAGAGCGCCACCCCAGCUGGGAAGAAGGAGGUGAAGGGUUCCUACGUGUCCAUCCACAGCUCCGGCUUCAGGGACUUCCUGCUCAAACCCGAGCUCCUGAGGGCCAUCGUGGACUGCGGCUUCGAGCAUCCGUCAGAAGUGCAGCACGAGUGUAUCCCACAGGCCAUCCUGGGCAUGGACAUCUUGUGCCAGGCGAAAUCAGGUAUGGGGAAGACGGCGGUGUUUGUUUUGGCCACUCUGCAGCAGAUCGAGCCCGUGGAUGGACAGGUGUCGGUGCUGGUGAUGUGUCACACGCGUGAGCUGGCCUUCCAGAUCAGCAAAGAGUAUGAACGCUUCUCUAAGUACAUGCCCACGGUCAAGGUGGCCGUGUUCUUCGGCGGUCUGCCCAUCAAGAAGGACGAGGAGGUGCUGAAGAAGAACUGCCCGCACAUCGUGGUGGGAACGCCGGGACGCAUCCUCGCACUCGUCCGCAACAAGACGCUCAGCCUCAAAAACGUCAAACACUUUGUUCUGGACGAGUGUGAUAAGAUGCUGGAGCAGCUCGAUAUGAGGCGUGAUGUGCAGGACAUCUUCAGACUCACCCCUCAUGAGAAACAGUGUAUGAUGUUCAGCGCCACCCUGAGCAAAGAGAUCCGGCCGGUCUGUCGCAAGUUCAUGCAGGAUCCGAUGGAGGUGUUUGUGGACGACGAGACGAAGCUGACGCUGCACGGCCUGCAGCAGUACUACUGCAAACUGAAGGACAGCGAGAAGAACCGCAAGCUCUUCGACCUGCUCGACGUUCUCGAGUUCAACCAGGUGGUGAUCUUUGUGAAGUCUGUGCAGCGCUGUGUGGCUCUGUCUCAGCUGCUGGUGGAGCAGAACUUCCCAGCCAUCGCCAUCCACAGAGGCAUGGCUCAGGAGGAGAGGCUGUCACGCUACCAGCAGUUUAAGGACUUCCAGAGGAGGAUCCUGGUGGCCACUAACCUGUUCGGCAGAGGGAUGGACAUCGAGAGGGUCAACAUCGUCUUCAACUACGACAUGCCUGAGGACUCGGACACGUACCUGCACAGGGUCGCCCGUGCUGGUCGUUUCGGCACUAAAGGUCUGGCUGUAACCUUUGUGUCCGACGAGACGGACGCCAAAACGCUGAACGACGUGCAGGACCGCUUCGAGGUCAACGUGGCCGAGCUGCCAGAAGAGAUCGACAUCUCCACUUACAUUGAGCAGUCCAGAUGAGUCGUCGUGUCGUGUCGCGCCUGAGGACCACCAGCUCGCAGACGUACCCGUGAUCAUGUCGUCGUUGCCUGGCUGCUGGAGGAGUCGCCUCCGGUGCAUGCUACCGGUUUUAAAGUUCUGCACCAUGACACCGUUUUUAACUUUUUACUGUUUCUCUUUCGGGAUGGGAGGAAGGGAGGGGAGGAAAAGAUGUCUGCUUUUUGUCCCAAGUCAUCUGUUUUUUGUUUUAAAGGAAUUAAAACUUUUUAUACAGUUACUGUUUAUCGUGUUGUUGCUGUUUGACUGCCUCUAUUAACACCAGUCUAGCCAGAGUGCAUUCAUAAUGAUUCAUCACAAUGGUGUUUUAGUGACUUAAUGAAGAUCAGUGACUAGUUUUAUGGUUAAAAUCUCAGUCCCGGUGACUUUCAAGUUGCUUUUUUUUUUUUGCUGUAAAUUUAGCAGUG